AAUAAUUAACGGAAUCGGUUGAACAAUGCACCACGAGAAGGCCAAGGACGACAAAACCUUUGAUCUCUCUGUCUCCUUUUUCCCCUUGCAGGCCAGGCCUCCUCACUCCUCUCCUCGCGUCCAGGUGAGCCGCCGCCGCCUCCUCUACGAUCUCCAAUAAGUCCAAUUCGUCGCCGUUUCGCCCGAUUUGAAGCAGCUUUCGAUUCUCCUCGGAUCUGAACCGGUUCUGUUGCUGUUUCCGUAGGGAGCCGACAAGGCCGACGCCAAGCUAUGGAUUUACCAGGUCCAAGAUGGAAGAAGGGCAAGGAUGGCAAGGACUUUGCAGCUCUUGCAGUAGCCAAUCCCAUGUCGAGUAUUUCUGCUGAGCUCCAUGCUUCACUGAAAGACUUGGAACCUGUGGCGAUUUUAUCGAGCGAGGGCGGGAACGCCAUUCUUGGAGUCACACCGGAGCAAGCCACACUUCUGAACCGUGCCGCCUUUGGCCUUGCUGUGGAGAUUGCAGGAGAAGAGGGAGAAUGGUUCCAGCUGGGCCCCGAGGAGGUGUUCUUCCUUUGCCAUGCUCUGAAGUGCAUCACAGUUGAAUCAGAGAACAAGAAGCACAUGUGUGAAAGGGAGUUGUGGGAUCACUUGAGCUCCACGUCAGAGUCAUUUCCCGAGAUGUACAAGGCGUAUGAGCACCUUAGAUUGAAGAAUUGGGUGGUACGGUCUGGAUUGCAGUACGGUGCAGAUUUUGUAGCUUACCGUCAUCAUCCGGCACUUGUUCACUCCGAGUUUGCAGUGAUUGUAGUUCCAGAAGGCAAAGAGUUUGGUGGCCGUUUGAAGGUGUGGUCUGAUCUACUCUGCGCACUUCGGGCUUCUGGCAGUGUGGCCAAGACAUUACUUGUUCUGACCAUCAGCCGCAGGAGCUGUGAGCUGGGCUUCCCAGAUUGUUUAGAACAGCUGAUUGCUCAUGAGAGAACGAUCACAAGAUGGAUACCCCAGCAGUGCCGCGAGCAACGACAGAAACCGUCCAGAGAAGAAGCCAGUAGGGAAGAACAAGAACACAUAAGAGAGAGCGUGGUAUUCAACUACUGGGGUGUAAUACUAGGCUUCACUAUUCUUUCUAGCUUACUUGUAUACAAGCUGAAGUUUUGACUGAAAUGCUUAGCGUCUUUGUACACUCAUGUGAAUUUUCUAGGCUUCACUAUUAUUUCUAGCUUACUUGAAUGUGAAUUUUCCAUUUUCUUGCUAAUCCUUUUGUAUGUCUUGAAGACAGCUCUGGACUCUGGACUGAUAUUUUCAGUACUCUGGAAUCUGGACGACCAACAUCACUUAAGCAUAUUGAAGAAAAGAGGCACACUGGAAGCAUUUCCUAUAUACACAUGUGCAGAGUUUUUUUUUCUCAUGCAGUUGAAGGAUUCUAGAGUUUCAGUACCUUUAAUGUGCAUUAGUAUCUUACAGUUCAGUAAUGCAGAGAUUGACCUGUUGUAAAAAAAUCGAGCAUACAAUAGCUUGCUCCGAUUUCUGGAGUAAACACGACCAUGAAAAUUGUUCUGACAUGAAGUCUCUAAAUAUAUAUAUUUCGUACAUAUAAUCAACAA